CCACCCAAUCGCUCCCUGCCAUCAUCUCCCUCCUCUGCACCACUCAAAACCACACCCCUUCCAUCCUGCCUCUCUUGCUCGCCCAGGCGGCCAUGGAAGCUCUGGCCGUCGCCUCGCCGGCCCUGACGCGGCCGCAGCCCCGCCGACGAUGCCUCGCCGCAGGCUCGUGGUGCCAGAGGAGGACGAGCCAACUGCACACCUCCUUCAGCGGCGUCACGGUGCAGCUGCACAAACCGCUGAGCCCAACGGCGACCAGUUCCCGGCGAUCAUCAUCGUCAGUGGUGGCGGUGGCGAUGUUGUCGCGUCCGUCGAUCCAGUUCAUCCAGGGCACGGACGAGCAGACGAUCCCGGACGUGCGGCUGACCAAGUCCCGGGACGGCAGCAACGGGGUGGCCAUCUUCACCUUCGAGCAGCCGUCGGUGUUCGACUCGUCGGCGGAGCUGGGCGACAUCACCGGAUUCUACAUGGUCGACGAGGAGGGCACGCUGAGCUCCGUGGACGUCAGCGCCAAGUUCGUCAACGGCAAGCCGGCGGCCGUGGAGGCCAAGUACGUGAUGCGCACCCCCAGGGACUGGGACCGAUUCAUGCGCUUCAUGGAGCGCUACUCCCAGGCCAACGGCCUCCAGUUCCUCAAGAAGUAGCCAUCCGUCCGUUCGUCCAUCCAAUCCAUCAUCAUCAUCAUCAUCAUCCAUGAAUUCAUCUUCGAUUCUUAUUCUUCUUCUACAUGUUUUUGGUUUCAUGGAUGGAUUCCUGACAGAAAACUAGCUGCAUUGAGUUCAGUCAUCGCUGUGACUGUUGAUUUGUGUGCUCUGUGGCUUGCGUACCCUGUUCAUUGAGCAUGCGAUGCUUGAUUCUUCAUGCUGCCUUUUCUCCUUGAUUCUUUGAUAAUAUAUAUGCUUUUCUGAACAA